AUGGCGAUGCGCAGAGCAUUUUUCGAUUACUCACUGCUCAUCCUCUACCUUUUCCACCCAAAUACAAAUGCCCAAGCGGUGCCCUUCAUAUUUCCCCAUGGCUACUUUGACGUCAACAAGCUGCAACCAUUCGACGCCGUCUACCUGAAUAUGAUGGCCCAGUCGAACAUUGAAUACCUCGGCACCAACGAAAAGGAGCUGUACCAGCUAGCGGCAAUGAGGACCAAGAUCCCAAAACCGACAAAUGCAACCGAAAGCCCCUUCACACUGCCCCGGAUCGAGCCACCCGUCAAAGAACAACCGCUAGAGCAACUUGCCGAUAAAACCGGCAUGCCAAAGCUACAGAAAGAAACGCCCAACGAUUUUCCUAAGCCCCACCAGCACCGUUUAUGGACGCCUUCCGCCGGCUACGCGACGAAACGAUCGACGAAUCGGAAGAUGGUGAAGCCCCCGAGGACGAGGGGAACCCAUUUGCCGAGAUUUCGACCAGAGCCCCGCGUACUCGUUCACCAUUUUUCCUCAGAAGCUGCUCGUGAAGCCGCCCGCCAACAAUUUCUCACCAGGGAGUCCAUUUUGCGCCCCAGAAGUGAAAAGAAGGAGUUACCCCCGACGACGACGCUGCCACCAAUUCAGGAACCAGAGGGCGGAUUCGAGCAGGUCUUCGUCUUGCCGAUGGCCCGCGGUUUGCACGCUCGCAAUGGUGAUCACGAAGAUCAACUCCAGCGCGAAUGGGCUAAGAAAAGUGAGGCGGCGAGGAGCUACAGGCAACAUUCUGGACAAGGGGCGCCUAAAGAGCAAAAAGAGGCGGCCGAAGGGUACCGCCGACAAAAGGACAAGCUGGCCGGUCCAUCCCUCGCCUCAAAAUACCAAAGUCAAAAAGAAAAGUUGCGCGUACCGGGAGCGCCGGAAGAUGAGGAGGACUCGAUCGAUAUACUCGACGCCAUUCAGGAAGAAGAGAUUCGCGAAUCGUUGCACAAGAAUGAGGGCAAGAAACCGAGCACCACCCCCAAGCCUAGCCAAAAGAAGAAGGGACCCACCUUUCCGACGCUAGCCCCGGAAUUGGAGAUUGAGGAGGUGACGGAAGUGCCGCAAAAGGCCCUGUCCGGAAACCCCUAUCACCAGCUGGAUCUUUUCGAACCGACCGUCAUACAACUUCCAAUUCCGCCUACACUUUGGAAAGCCGCCAAACAAAGCCAGGAAUUUAGUAGC